UUUUGCCGUGGGUUUGACGCCCUUCCUAACCGGAACGUCUUCCCACCUUCCUCUCUUCUCGUUUUCUCAGAAUCCAACGGGAAAACGCGCAAAAAUCCAACUUUCCUUUUUCUUCUACUAUAAUUUUUCUUGUACUAUAAUUUCUUUAACCGCCAUCUCGAUUUUGUGGAAUUCUGUAUCGGCGGCGGUUUGCGGAGGCGAGAUUAAUGCUCCCUCCCUCCUGCAGUGCGACUUGGAGUUUCUGCCAUCCGAGUUUGCAUCGCGAAUCGGAGCCCAAGGACGCAAGUGGUUGUUCCGAAACCCCUAGAGAGCUCCCUGUCCUCGGCGUAGUUGGAUUUCCUCAAAUCACAAUCAGUGUGCAGAACCUUUUUGGGCGGAUUUAUGGUUAUGGUGAUGUUGUCAUCAUCAAUGUAGUUUCAUUUGAAGACUGCAAUUGAUGGAUACAUGUAAAGUUGAGCCCCUUGGGGCAAAAGCACAGACAAAGCCCACUCGGACUGAAGAUAAUCCUAGGCCAUCUCACGAGAAGAAUGAUACCAUCCCAAGCAAUGCCAAGCCUCGGAUUGUUGCUUCUAGGUACAUGAAUGGAAUCUCAUCCACUCCUGUUUCAGCUUCCGGUGCAUCAAGACGAUGCUCUUCUCCAAUUGCCAGUCAGAGUCGCACAAACCGUGUACCUGGGGUGUCAAUGUCUAAACGAUCCCACUCGGCUUAUAGAAGAAGAUCACGAACCCCUUCGUCAAAGAGUUCUGCAUUGUCAUCCCCAUCUAGGCCAUCUACUCCAUCAACCCCAUCUUCUAGGCCAACAACUCCAGUACGAGCUGUUGUGACAGAAUAUCACAAGACCACAAGACAAUUACUCAGCAACAAAGCACCCGAUGGCUUGUGGCCUUCUAUCCGAAGCCUUUCUUCUUCUUUCCAGUCAGAAUCUCUUACAGUUCCAGUUAAUAAGAGAGAGAAGUUGGCUGCAAAAUCCUCUACAGUAAAAUCAAUCAAUUUACCGUCAAAUGUGGUAUCUGAGAGAAAGAGGACUCCACUAAGAGGAAUGAAUACAUCUGACCAAUCGGAGAAUUCUAAACCAGCAGAAAACUCAAACACUAAGGUAGUCGAUCGACAUAGGUGGCCUUCUACGAUGGGUGGGAAGCUAUCCACAAGUGCUAUGUCGAGAAGUAUGGAUCUUUCUGAUAAGAUAAGUAGACCUGCUGGAAGAGUUACUUCACAAGUGAUUUUCCCCAAUAAGAUAGAUCUCACAUCCAGUAGUGCAUCCGGACAUCCCAAGCUCUCACUAUCUAAUGAAGUUGAGCAACUCUCCAAUAAUGGAAGUGGAAGUAUAGAACAAAAUGUAAAACCAGUUGUGAAUUUGUCAUCUCAAGCUACUAUGAAAUCUUCAUCUGUGACACGUCCAACUAGUACUCAGUCAUCAUUCAUCCUAGGUCAGCAGCGCCCUUCAUCACCGAGUACUCAGUCAUCAAUCAUCCCAGGUUUGCUGCGCCCAUCAACACCUAGUAAGGUUUUAUCAUCAUCAUCAUCAUUUACGUCUAGGGCUAUGUUGAGUCCUUUGAGGACAAGAGCAUCUACUCCAAUAUCAUUGUCAAGCACUAUUUUUGGCACACUGGGUGGUACAUCCUUUGUCUCUAAGUCCAGUACUGAUGGGAAAAUAGGAAAAUUGCAUGCAAGUGACAUAGAAGAUGCUCAUCAACUAAAGUUGCUGUCUAAUGCAAGUUUGCAGUGGUGUUUUGUUAAUGCCCAAACAAACAAGACAUUAUCAAUUCAGAAAAUGAGAACAGAGAAUGUUCUUCAAAGUGUUUGGAAUAAUAUCUCAACAAUGGGUAAUUCUGUCCUCAUGAAAAGGAUUGAGGUGCAACACUUGCAUCAGGAGAUGAAGUUAGGUGUUGUUUUGAAGGGACAGAUGAUGUCCCUUGAACAGUGGGCAGCAUUAGGAGAGGAACAUUGUAGUUCUCUGUCUGGGACAAUUGAAGCUCUUAAUACAAGCAUUCUACGCCUCCCUGUGAUGGGAGGAACGAAGGCGGAUGUAAUUGAUAUGCGGAAUGCUGUCAGUUCGGCAAUUGAUAUGAUGCAUGCUAUCAGCUCCUCUAUUUGUCUAUUAUUAUCUAAGGUAGAAUGUACAAAGUCUCUUGUUUCUGAGCUUCAAACUGUUGCGGCGAAAGAAAAAUUAAUGCUCGAUGAGUGCAGAGAGUUACUUGCUUGUGCUACAUCCAUGCAGGUGCAAGAGUCCAGUCUUAGAACACAGUUGAUGCUGCUUAAGAAUGAUGCUUGCAAUCUUCACCAGACACAGAGUUAGUAGACGAUCAAAGCUCAUAUUUAGCAUGCGUACGGCAACCAUGACCGUCCAUAGGAAGAUAAAAUUAAGUACACAUGCAAAAGUAAUCUUUCUUCUUUCCUCUCAGUUUUUUUUUCUUUUUCUUUAUCUUUUUCGAGGUAAAAAUAUCUGUAUUUACCGUGUAUUUUCUAAAUCACUCACAAGUCACAAUUAUAGUAGAACGUACCAAAACAUAGAAAGGAGGCCUAGGAAUAGCGGUCACGCAAAGAGAGGGAAGUUGUAUAUUCGAACUUUAACUUUGUGAUGAUACUAAAGUUGAAAGAA